AUGGUUGUGACUGUCGGAGUUGAAUCCAUGUCCGGCCUAUCCAACGUUAAAGUUACUGCUAUAGUGUCGGAUAAAUUCGAUUCCACCGCUGUGAUUUCGGAGGCGUUACCGUCGGUGACGGUGUUGAACGGUGGGACGGUCAAUGGCGAUUCACGUGACGGUGGUGGAGAGUUCAGAAAUGGGGUUUUAGGUGAAUGUAGAGAGAAGAAGAGAGAGAUAGUGUUGGGAAAGAACGUGCACGCCAGGUGCCUUGAGGUCACGGAACCGGACGCCGAUGAUGAGUGGACCGGUGAUAAGGAGGCUUAUAUGGCCAGCGUGUUGGCUAGGUACCGGAAGACUCUCGUUGAGAGGACCAACCAUCAUCUAGGUUAUCCUUAUAAUCUGGACUUCGAUUAUGGUGAUCUAGCACAGUUGCAGCACUUUUCCAUCAACAACCUGGGUGAUCCUUUCAUCCAGAGCAACUAUGGUGUCCAUUCCAGGCAAUUUGAAGUUGGUGUUCUGGAUUGGUUUGCCCGUCUAUGGGAAAUCGAGAAGAAUGAAUACUGGGGAUAUAUUACAAAUUGUGGUACGGAAGGCAAUCUUCAUGGAAUUCUGGUUNAUAGAACUUUUAGCCCAACAUUAAAAACAAAAUUUUUGGGCCACCAUCAUUAA